GAGAUCACGCUCCUCGAUGUGACCGCCGAGAACGCGGAUAUCCGCAUCGGGCUCCUCGUGGAGGGCGACAAGGCGUGCGAUGGUUGCGCGAAGUGGGCUUCGAAGGAACUGCCGAACCUGACCUGGGCGCAGAUCGUCAAACACCUCGACGCAGGCGACAUGGACGACCUGUUUGACAGCCACCCCGCGCUGGGCACCGCGACGCCGCAUCUGCACGAGCGCGGCCUUCAGCUGUUCGAGAACAACCAGGUGGGGCACGAGAUGUACACGAAAUGUUCGGCUCUCACUGAGGGUGACGUGACCAGGCUAUACGAGAAGAGCCCAAAGACGCUGAAGUUGGUCCCCUAUUUGGUUCCGCACCGCCCGAAGCCGCUGAUCAUAUACCCUGUGAAGUUGCCUGCUGGCGUCAAGGAAGACUACCCAGUACUGAAGAUCUUCCACAAUACCUCGAUUGGAUACGCUGCAGGCGCAUUCAAGGGUUCAGCAGCUGAGAUGUUCCAGGAGCACGGGCAAGUUAUGUUCGCGGGGACCGUUAAGUCGAAGGACGACGAGGACGCAAAGGACGACCCCUCCAACACCUUCAACAGGGGCGUCUACGCAAGCUGCCUCGUGCAGACCAGCAGGAAGGCUGGAGAUCCUUCGCCAGGGUCGGUCAAAAGCAUGAGAACAACGAAUCCCAUGGUGGUUGAUGAGCUCAGUGCGAACCCUAACACCCUCGGCACCAAGGAUUACUGGAUCCACGAGUUGGCUUAUUCACGCGGGUUUAAUGGCUACAAAAGUGGCAGGGCUGAGCAUCAGGCGAAGCAGUUGUUGUCGAAGCUGAACGGGACCGAUAAGAAGACUCUCCAGACGCAUAUCGACCUAUUCAACAAGUCGAAGCUGUUCUCCGAUGAUGCCUGUGCGAACGUCGACGACCAGGAGCUGAUCGACGCGUGGAGCGACCUCCAGAAGGCCGGGGCCGUGCUGACCCCGAAAUCCCUCAGGGGCCUCGCGAAGCGCAACGUGAUGGGCCUGUGGCACAAGGCCAACCAUCAGGAGGGCAGUGGCGCCGCCGAGCGCAAGCGAGACCUCCUGAAGCAGUUCCUGACCGCGUGCGUGGUGACGAUGGUGCAGGGCUGCUCGCACGACCUCGACGUCGCCUCUACGUUCGUCGAGUGGGUCUUCUCCGACACGUUCUCAAACUGGCUGUCCGCAGGUGCCGCGUCCGCUGAGGACGCCGUCUUGUUCUGCGAACUUGCUGACGAAGUGUUCAGCUCCUUGCCAGAGGACGCGAACCUUGGGGAGGCGGCUGCCAGAUGCUUCUUGGAGGCAACUACUGUCGUUCGCUUGCUGGUCGCACUGCACCAUAAGUACAUCGGUAGAGAUACGGACCUGACGGUCUUCGCCGACGCCCACAUCCUCGACAAGGAGGCGAAGAGGACGACUGGUAACGCUUCGGUGAUGCAGGUCAUUGGCCAGUCCUUACUCACGUCAGCGGGCGGGUAUUGGGAGGCAAAGCUGAAGUGGGCCAUCAGCAUUUCGGACGCGAUCAAGAUCCACGGGCCGAAGCUGAAGCAGAUGCUGAGUGACCUGGAUGGCAUCAACGGCGCUGUCCCCCCGAAAGAGGUACACGCAACCACCAUGGUCAAAAUCGCGAAGGACAUCCCUUACUUCGAGGUCGACCUCUACGAUGGCGCAUGCGAUGCCGCUAAGAACGAGCUGUGGGCCAAGGCCUGCAGGAUGGCAGAAUCAAUAGUGGCUGCCAAACCGUCCGCGCCCGCCACCGAUGACGACAGCCUUAGCAUUACGGCGCUCCAUCAGUGGAAGUUUCUGUUCAAGGAGCUCACCAAGCUCUUCCCGACUAGCGAGCGCGUCGAGCGCGCUGGCCGCGCCCUCGCCACGAAGAUUGCAGAUGUGAGCGAGCAUGACAAGUUCGUUCAGCUCGGGUCGUCCAUCGACAAUUGGGCCCCUGCCGACGAAGGCUUAACGGUUUCCUUAAUGACGUCGAUCAAGGAGAACCAGUCCAAGGAGUUUCCCGAAGAGGUCAAGGUUAAAUGCCUUGCGCUGUUCAAAAGGAUUGUCAGUAGUGUAUUCACUGAUGGGCCGACUUCGCUGUACACGGAUACCGAUAGCCGCAUCUUCCAGUGUUUGGAUAUGGUCGCAGAGAAAGUUCAGAGUCAGGAUUGGCAUUCCUCAACGCAGCUCGCCGCGAUGAUCCACUCUUGCUGGUCGGUGCUGCAGCUGAAAAGCUCCAUCGUCGCGGAGCUUGGCGAGGGCGCCGACCUGGCUAGCGAUGUCGCCGAGCAGAAGGGCAAUGACCUCUUCCGCAUGGUCAGUAAAGCGAAGGUGCACUUCAAGCCGCUGGCGCUGGACGCCGUCGUGGAGAACGCUUCGCACAACUUGAAGACGCUGCUGCAGGAGUGUGACGACUACUGCGGCAGCAUCGGGGAGGCCAUCCGCAAAAAGCACACCACGGAUGUUGUCAACCAGGGCUACAACCUGUGCAAGGCAGCCGACGAGACUAACGGGUACACGGAUUGGGUGAGCAAUAAGCCAAAGGCGGGUACGCUACCAGAGCUGCUUGUGACCUGCGGGAAGGGCAUGAAGGACGCGCCGACCCACGAGUGGCAGGACAAGCUUACAUUGCUCGAGGACGCCUUCGAGACCUUGAAGCAGAAACCAGCAAAUUUCGGGCUUGACUACACAGGCGCUGACGAGAAUGAUGCUGAGACGCCGACGGCGGUCAAGCAGAUCAAGAGCCUCAUAUUUGAAUGCGAGUUGUGCUCGUCCUUUGCCAACCCGACGCUCGUGGGCAACAAGAUUUCACUGAGGAGCGCGAUGGUGGCAACGCAGAACAAGCUUCGCAAGUGGGAGCUCACGCCCGACGACAUCGACCCGCUGCUCGUCACGCG